AUGCAACAUGCAAGGAAUAUAAAGCCAACAGUCCAAUGGGUUGCAAGAGGACCAAUUAAACAGGCUGAAAAGGACACGGGCAAGCAAGCACUUCAAGUUCAGCAGAGACCAUACACAAUUCAUACAUGGGAUAGUUAUAGUACUAAUUCUAGCACUCAGUUUGCUUUUACUACUAUCUACGGACUACAUACAAUUGCCCAUCGAUGUGCUUUGCGGGAUGCACUAAGGGAUUUGGACCCACAGAUAAAUAGCCCCUGGCUAAUCAUGGGAGAUUUUAAUGCAAUUCUGGAUAUCGAUGAGAGGGUGAAUGGUACUGUAGUGCAGGAAAAUGAAGUUAAGGACUUCAGGGCUUUGAUGGAAGACUGCAGAUUGACUGAACUUGCAACUAUGGGAAGGUCAUAUACAUGGAUAAACAACCAUGUAUACAGUAGAAUAAAUAGAGCAUUUGUUAAUGUACACUGGAUGUUGAAUAUGCCACUAAUACAAGUUAAUGUGAUGGAUCCUCAUUUCUUAGAUAAUUCUCCAUCAUGUAUAGAACUGGAAACAACAAUGGGCAGCAGGAGGAAACCGUUCAAAUUCUACAAAUGUUUAGCUAAUCAUCCAGAAUUUGGAACUAUAGUGCAGGAAGGUUGGUAUAACAGGGAAGGAAGCAUGAGGAGCAUUUGGAAAAAAUUAAAAAGUAUGAAGGCUGCUCUUAAAGGGCUUAACAGGAAGGAAUUUGAAGAUACGACCAAAAAGGUUCAGCAAUUAGAGGAGCAACUAGCUAGCAUACAAGCUUAG